GGCGAGCCGGCCUCCCCUUUAAGGAAUGUUGUGACCUGACGUCACCCGGGCGAGUUACCUCCCCGAGCCACCGCCGCCAGGCUCAGCUCACAGCCCCGGAGCCCUUGAGCGCGAGGCGCGGAGCCCCCGAACCUCAGACAGAGCCCCAAGCCGCGCGCCCCGGAGCCCCGGCCUGCGCGCCCCGCCGGGCCCGCGCGAUGCCCUCGGACCGGCCUUUCAAGCAGCGGCGGACCUUCGCCGACCGCUGUAAGGAGGUGCAGCAGAUCCGCGACCAGCACCCCAGCAAGAUCCCGGUGAUCAUCGAGCGCUACAAGGGUGAGAAACAGCUGCCGGUCCUGGACAAGACCAAGUUCCUGGUCCCAGACCAUGUCAACAUGAGCGAGUUGGUCAAGAUCAUCCGGCGCCGCCUGCAGCUGAACCCGACUCAGGCCUUCUUCCUGCUGGUGAACCAGCACAGCAUGGUGAGCGUGUCCACACCCAUUGCGGACAUCUAUGAGCAGGAGAAGGACGACGACGGCUUCCUCUACAUGGUCUACGCCUCCCAGGAAACCUUCGGCUUCUGAGCCAGCAGCCCCUGCCCAUCUGCCCCUCCCUCACCUGAGGCGCUGCCCCCCCUGCCUGGACCUGCCCACCCCUGAAGGACUGGCCCCUGGCUCACCUGGUCUUGAUAUGGUGUAUGGAUCUGUGGUCAUUGUCCCUCUGCAGAAUAAAGAUUGCUCAGGCCUGCCUGGC